AUGCUGGCCAUAGGAUUGUGGUUGUUAGCGGCGCUGCAUUUGCUUGCCUUGCUGAGAAUCAUCUACAACGUCCUUUUGCACCCCCUGAGGCACCACUCGGGUCCAAAUUUGUGGGCCGCGACGAGAAUCCCUUGGUGCUGGAAUCAAUACCGAGGGAAGCUGAACCAUCGACUGGUGGAACUUCACCGUCAAUAUGGCCCGGCAGUUCGAGUGGCACCAGACGAGGUAUCGUACACUUCUGACACGGCUUGGAAGACUAUAUACGGCCAUCGAACUGUUGAGAUGACCAAAGAUCCUAUCUUUUCCCUGGUCACACCGACGGGGGUACCUAACAUUGUGACGGCGGAUCGCGUGACACAUUCUAGACAUCGACGUCUUCUUUCCCACGCAUUUUCUGAAAAAGCUCUCCGUGAGCAAGAAGACAUUCUUGUCCAAUAUUGCACCAAGUUACUUGACCAGUUACAAGCACGUUGCUCGGAUGGCCCCUUGGACUUGGCGAAAUGGUUUCCCCUGACGACAUUUGAUUUAAUCGGAUCGCUUGCCUUUGGCCAAGACUUUUCUUGCAUUGACGCCGGAGAACCUCACCCCUUUGUGGCAUGCAUCAAAGGUGUAUCUAGAGAGUUGAUCAUGAGCCAAAUGGUACAAUACUAUGGCUUCGGCUCUCUGAGAUACUUUUUCUUCCUGCGAGGGUCACAAAACUCCCGAUUUGCCAACGCCAUGCGCGCAAAGGAAAUGGUAGAAGCUCGAAUCGCCCGAGGCCCAACCGACGAUCGCAAAGACUUUUGGCACCAUGUGCUGGCUGCCGAGGAUGAGGGCAAAGGCUUGACACCUGAUGAGAUGGUUGUAGAUGCUUUUAGCAUCGCGAUAGCUGGAUCAGAUGGCACUGCUACGGCCUUGGCAGGUACCAUAUAUCUCCUAUUGACGCAUCGAGAUGUCUAUCAACAGCUUCAGGGCUGCAUCAGACAGGAGUUCGAAGCAGAGGAGGACAUUACCACUUUGGCGCUUUCGAAUGACAGAGUACUACUCCUGGGUGCAGUCAUUCAAGAGUCUAUGCGACUAUUCCCACCGGUUGCAGCCACGCUCCCAAGGGUUGUACCCCCUGGUGGAGAGGCCAUUGACGGCCUCUUCGUACCCGAAGGCACUAUUGUCGGCGUUAACCAACUCGCUGCUUACCACUCUGAAAAGAACUUUGGCCAAGCUUCAGAGUUUCUACCAGAGCGAUGGCUCAACGAACAAGGAGACUGCAGAGCAGUUUUUCAGCCCUUUUCAGUCGGGCCCCGAAACUGUCUCGGCAAGAACUUGGCCAAGGCAGAGCUGAGGUUGAUCCUUGCGAGGAUGCUGUGGAGGUUUGACAUGGAGCUCUUGCCAGAGUCUCAAGGGUGGAUGGAUGGGCAGAAGAUUUACGGGUUCUGGAUAAAGCCGCCGUUGAUGGUCAAGUUCUCUCCUAGAGCAAAUUGA